AUGGCGACAAAGGCCGUACUCGACAUCAUGCAAGGCGUGCUGGUGUCGUUCGGCACGAGCAUGGCGACGGCAACGAGGGAGGAGCAGCGCACGUGGUGGGCGGAAGACGCCACGUGGCGAGCGGAGGACCUGGACUGGCGGGGAGAGGAGAAGGCGGUUUACGAGGCGGAAGGCGAACGCAGGAUACGAAUGCGGAAGUGGCACCAAGAGGAUAUUGACCAAAUGAACCUGGAAAAUGCGAGGGUAUUAUGGCUCAGGUUCGUGGAGAAGAAUCGGCGUGACGUAGAGGAGAAGACGGAGCAACUGAAGGCCAUAUCCAGCAUCUCGGCUCUCUUUGGUCUCUGUGCCACAGUCACGCUUACCCAGCUCAGCCUGGAUAAGGAGGGAGAGACUACCGCACCUAUUGGCUUGAUUGCUUUAUAUGCACUCACAACAGCACUCGUGGAGGGCCUCAUGAUUGUCUCCAUGGUCACCUGCGCGCUGCUUCUAGGAAGCAUCUUGAAGGUCGGCAAGACCUUUGUGAGCGAGCGGGAGGAGCAGGAGUUCAUGGCGGCGUGCCUUCGCUUCUGCGCGCUCUACCAGCGAGGCGACCGUCCUCCCCACCCCCGCAAGUCCUUUGAGGCCUUCUGGGCUUCCAGGUGA